AAUCGUGACACAAAUACAUGUCCAAACCAGGCACCUGUCUUAUGCACCGCUAUCUUUAUUAGACGAAUCACUAUCAAAUUUCGAGCAGAGACGAGCAUAUCUACAAGCGAGAUGAAGUAUUCCGUUUUUUCAACACUUCUGAUAGCUUCUGUUUGUGUGGCUGUGUUUGCUACUCAGUGUCAUCACCAUGACCUUUCUAUGUGCACGGGCGUAGUGUGCACAGCGGAUACCGAAGAAGUAGGAUGUGACCAUGAUGUUUGCACGUGCGUACCAAAACCACAAUCGUGCUUACAACCUACUGAUUGUAACGGAAUAACAUGCGAGAAACAUGACGAAGCCAUCCACUGUAUUGAUAACAUAUGUAAAUGUCAAAAAUCACAUCCGUAGUGAAAAGUCGUUUAUUUUGUUAACAACAAAAUACCAAUAAACAAUUAUUCUUUA